UAUUCUGGUCAGGAUGGAGGUGGAUCCCAGGAACACUGGACAUGAAUCAGGAAUCCACUCUGGAUGGGUCACCAGGACUCCACACACAUUCACACACUCAUUUACACCAAGAACCAGUUAAUCUCAGCCACUGCACUCACUAUCUAAGUUAAAUGUAUUUCAGAUCUGUUAGUGUUAAGCCUUUAGAGGGAAGUCGAGAAUGAUGUAUUAAUCAUAAUACUGGAGUGUGUGUGUUCAUAUCACAAGUCUAAAACUGAUGAAUAGAGACUAAAUGACUUUAGGAUGAGAAUAUUAGCUGUUCAGAUUGUUACUGUUCCAUGGUGAUGGUUGGAACAGUGUUGUUUAUGGACAGUAACACUGCUACUCAGGGCUGCUGUGUUUAUAAGGAAAUGUUUAGGAUGUUGUGGAUGGAAUAAUGUUCCACUCUGACAGAGACGUCUAAAUUAACUCGUCCUCUCUUUAGGAUUUGUUGGAGCUGGUAUCAUGUGAUCAGGUGAUAUUUACAGAGUGACUGAUGAUGGUGUUUUUAAUCCUCUUCUAUAAGAUCCUCCUCUUCUAUACACCUCCAUAUCUCCAUUUAUAUAUUCAUUUUUAUUUAAUGCAUUUUAUAUUAUAAUUCACACAAAUGUACUGCAUGGCCGUUUGACUGAAAAUGAAAUUAAUGUCCUGUGUAUUUCCCCUCUACACCCCCCAAAUAAUUAACAAUAAAUACUAAAUGACUAUUAAAUUAAAAACCAAAGGGUGCACUGACUUUUGCACAGACUGUUCUGUACUAAAUAACGUGGAGUGUUAGUGCACCCACUAAACCCAUGUGAGAGACAUUUUAUAAAUGAAUCCUGCCAUCCCCAGAGCUGAAGGGAAGCGUCACGGAGCAUGUAGAGACUGAACACGCUGAGACAGGAGGGUUUCUACAGGAGGCUUCAGUUCUCUAAGCUAACAGUGUGAGGAAGGCUGUGUACUGCAGCUCCAUACAGCAUGGACUUUAACUGCUUUGUGCUCUGAAUUCCUCACUCACACUGAUGUUCGGGACAAAGGGGAAACGUCUGGCUGAGAAACGCUGACUAUGGAUUAGGAAAUGAUGAAGAUUUUACCAGGAAACAGGAUUCUCUGGACUUUUCUUCUCCUGCCGUGCUGUUUACUGUGUGCAGCUGGAGAUGAGACUGUCACACUGCAGGAAGUGGAAGGAACCACUAUAACUCUCCAUACUGGGAUAACUGGGAUUCAGAGUGAUGCUCAGAUUCUGUGGUUUUAUGGACCUGAGAAAGCAGAGGAGAAGAUAUUAAACAGUCAUGUGAUUAAAGGAGAAACUGUUACAGAAAUCAGUGAGAGAUUUAAAGAGCGACUGCAGCUGGACAGAAUCAGUGGAGCUUUAACCAUCAGGGACAUCAGCAGGAAUCAUUCUGGAGUUUAUUUAUUACACGUCAUCGCUGGACGUCUCUCAUCUAAGACUUUCAGUGUCAGUGUUUAUGCUCCAGUAUCAACUCCAGUAAUAAGAAAUCAAAGAGAAAAUCAAACUGUUCCCCCCACAGAGUUGUGUUUCCCCCUGUGCACUGUGGAGAAUGGAGAAGAUGUGACGUUAUCCUGGUACAGAGGGACUGAGAGACUCAAUAUCACCAAUAACACAGAUCUCAGUGUUAACCUCAGUCUCACACUGCAAAUACACAACCAGGACAUUAACACUAACACUUACACCUGUGUGUCUGCAAACCCUGUCAGCAAUAAAACAACUUCUCUCAGCAUCACACAGCUCUGUGAUCAUCACCCAGGUACGGCAGAGUCUUUAACACACACAGUGGAGUAUUAGUUCAGUGCAGUGUCAUAGUACAGGGUUCAUUAAUAUUAUAUAUGAGAAUCUCUGAGGGGUUUCAGUGUGUGUUUUAUGUAAAGCUGGACAAUAUGAGA